AUGUCUUGUAUAAAUCCUCAAGAACGACAAGAAUUAAUUCAAACUUAUGAGAAUCAAUUAAAAGAAUAUUAUAAAAAAUUUGAAGAUUUAUUAAGUGAACUUUCAUGGGAUAUAGAAUCUUUAAGAAUUCGUGAACAGGAAUCCAAAUCAUCAAUAACAUGUCCUUUUAAUUCUGCUCAUAAAGUUCCUACAAAAUCUUAUGAGAAACAUUAUAAAAGAUGUGAACUAAAAUCUCAUGGAAUUACUACUGAUUAUGGGAAGCGAAAACAUUUACCAAGUUCGAACUUUUUUUAUCAGAAUGCACUUACUGUAAUAACCUUGACUGAAGGACAAAGUUUAUCCGUUAAUCAAAGACUUGGAGCAUACGAAAAAGAAAUUGCGAUAUCUAAUCAAAUUCGUGAAGUAAAUCAAAAACAAAAACGUGACGAAUAUCAAAAUUUUGAUGAAGUUUGGAAUGCUGUUCAAAAAAAAAAGGGAGAAAGUCAAGGGCAAAAGUCACGUACUGAAUUAUUAGCCGAACAACGUGAUUAUAAACCGGCAUAUAUGGAAGAUUUCAAAUUAUUGGGAGAAUUUGAAAAAGAAAUGGAGUAUCAAACCCAAAAAUCUUAA